AUGGCCGUGCUGGGGUUCACGCUGCCGCCGGACAGCGGCGAAAAGCUCAGCUUAGGUAUUCCAGGCAAGCGCAAUGAAAUCUCGUACGCCUGUUGUCCCGAGCCCUACUUCGACAUCACGUACACUGUCCAGAUCCGGCGGCGCACGCUCUAUUACCUGCACAAUCUGGUCCUGCCCGGCAUCCUCAUAUCCACCAUGGUGCUGCUGGCCUUUACAUUGCCGCCGGACUCCGGGGAGAAGCUGACUCUAGGGGUCACUGUUCUCCUAUCUCUGACCGUAUUUCUCAACCAAGUCGCCGCGAACAUGCCAGAGACCUCAGAGGCUGUGCCUCUCCUAGGAACGUACUUUAACUGCAUAAUGUUCAUGGUGGCGUCGUCGGUGGUCAGCACGGUGCUGAUACUCAACUACCACCAUCGUUCCGGCGAAACCCACGAGAUGGCGCCGUGGGUGCGCAGCCUGUUCCUGCAGUGGAUGCCGUGGCUGCUGCGCAUGUCGCGGCCGGGCGAAAAGAUCACGCGCAAGAACAUCAUGAUGAACAACAAGAUGAAGGAGCUGGAGCUGAAGGAGCGCUCCUCCAAGUCGCUGCUGGCCAACGUGCUGGACAUGGACGACGACUUCCGGGGCGCGGGUGCGCAGCAGGCCAACUCGGCCAGCUACAUCCGGCUGCCGGGUCAGUCGGUGGACGACCUGACCAUGCACAGCUGCCUGGCCGGCUGCAGCCGCGAGCUGCAGCUGAUCCUCAAGGAGCUGCGGACUAUCACCGACAAGAUGCGCAGUGACGACCACGAGGCCGAAGUCACCGGCGACUGGAAGUUCGCCGCCAUGGUGGUGGACCGCAUGUGCUUGAUCGUGUUCACGCUGUUCACGAUCGUGGCGACCGUGGCCGUGCUGCUGUCAGCGCCGCACAUCAUCGUGCCGUGA